AUGUCAACCUCCACAACAAGAAGAAAUCGCACACGUACCGUCUCUGCUUCAUUGGACCCUUUUAGUCAAUCUCGUCACAAUAGUACCUUGGCAACGGCGGUAACGACGGUAUCGACGAGUAAAAGUGAUCAACGAUUGUCUCAUUUAUCCGCGUCACGGCAACGUCGACAGUCCGUUACCAGAGCCACCGCCUCCAGCUUGGCUAAAAUGACCCAUGGUCUCGGCGAUAAUUCCCCUUCAGCACCAUCAGCACCGGCAACCGAGAAUGGUAAAAAGAAUCUCAGGGGUACCGACAUGAAAUUUCUGCGGCGUAACCGCACUCAAUCCAUUCGUCCUUCCAGUGAAUUGGAUGCGACAGCCGCGAAAAAGCAGGCUACAUUAGAGUCGCUUCAACGACACAUGAAAACCUCUAAACAGAGCACCCGGCUUCAACCAAGUCGGACCCAAAGCACCACUAGCAGUCUUCAUCCGUCUUCCUCCUCUUCCUCCUCCUCCACAUCCUUGGGCCCCUCUGCUUCCCCUUCCUGGUCGUCAUUGACUCGACUUCGAUCCUCGAUUUCCUCAUCGUCUUCCACCUCUUCUGUUAAAACGACAUCCAAUAAAAAGAAGCCCGUAAUUACCAUGACCCCCGCCACACCUACCUCCACCGCCGUUGCUCCUACUCCACCGCCACCGUCGCUCGAUAGAGGUCCCACCAAUCGACGAGAUACGUUCGAUCAUCGUAGCUCAGCAACCCCUGAAGGUCGCAAAAGGAAUUCAGGCGGUGAGGUAGUUGCUGGGAUUGCAACAACAAGGACACCCAGACGACAAUCACAUACACCUGCAACCGUCAGCAAAAUCCCCACUUCAGCAAGUCGUCAUUCCAUCGCCAGCCUUCCUCACACACGCCAUCACUGCCACGUCCCCAAUGCUUCCACAACCACAACCACUACUACGAACACAGCACUUCCGAUGCAAAGCAUACCAGGGUACAUGCGCCCGCCCAUGUGCGAAGCAUGCAAUAAACAUGCUCGACCCGUCGCUCCUCCUCCACCACCUGUUCUUCAAUCGACCGCUCACUACCUGGGGCGUCGACGGUCCCUACCGCUGCUCAGCCAGGAUCGUGAGAGGGGAAGACCCAAUUUGUCUGAAGAGGCGCCACGUCUUUCGUUGUUAAGGUUUCAGGCUUCCAAACUGGAAUCCUGCAAGAACCAAGCAACUCCUGAACCCAAUAACAACAGCCAUAGCAACACUUACUCGGGUGUCCCUGCGAUAUCUCAGGUGCCACCCCUGGAGAGUUCAUCCUCGGACGAUGAUAACGGAUCUCCUGUAUCUCCCAUGUCCACUGCAUGUUGGCGUCGUCGUGGCAGCGGCAGUGGCAGUGACGAUGACCAGGGCGGAUCCGAUCGUGGAUCGUUUAGUACCGGCGAAGCCGACCGUCCAUCGGACUUUGUGCAACUCAUUACCACCUGUGUGGCGCAAUCGACCAAGUUGGAACGGAUAUCAGUCGAAUUGCUAGGAUCGGAAAAACGAUUAACGGAGCUCCUCGAGACACAAGAACCAUUCGCGUGGGAAGCACGGGAAGCGCGAUACGAACAAGGCAUACGCGAGUGCAAUGCGUUGGUGACGAAGCAAGCGCAGUUGAUCGAUCGAAUGGAAGGCCUGCUGCUUGACAGCCACGGCAAAGUAGCCCCGUCAUUCAAGAUUAGUGACACUGAAGCUGUCACGGCUACAAGCUCGACAUCGGUUUAUGUUAAUAUGCAAUCGCAACAGAGCAGCUACUACCAUUUGCAACAGUGGCAAGCGUCCGCGACAGCAGAGGAUGAGAAACGUGAUCUUGCUUUAUCGUUACGUUGGGCUAUUGGUCAACUGGUCGGCGGUACGACCGGCACAGGCAUGGUGGUUGCGCAAAGAAAGGCUCGUCGUGGCAAACCAAGCACUCUGCUUAUUGUGGGCAGUUGCACAACCACGGAAGCUGGCGUUUUACCUCCGCAUCUGACUCGACAAGAUAGCCGACGAGAAUCGUUAUACCAUCAUCAAUAUAUCAUUGAGAUUACGGGAUCUGAUCGCAAAAGAAGAUUUCAAAAGUUAUCUGGUGAUCAAUGGGUCUCCGAUGACACCGCCAACCAUUGUGAAUUUUCGGUGAAUGCGAGGAAAUGCACCACUCAAUUUGAUUGGUUCAAUCGUCGGCACCAUUGUCGAAGUUCGAAUCGCUUAAUUCUCUUUGAUCCUCAAGACAAAGAUAAAGGCGAAUGGUUAAGAGUGUGCGAUGGUUGCUUCUAUAAACGAAUGGUGCCUUUUCUACGUCCUUGCGAAUCUUAG